GACAGACUUCUCUGAGAGCACUUACGACGCCGUAACCUCUCUUCUCUUCCCCCCUCCCUUCCCCCCAGUUACUCCUCGAUUCCAAAUCCUGGACAUCAUUAAGCCCAAUCAAUUAUUACCGAGAACUGUGAAUCCGUGAUCGUUCAUCUUUCACACUCGGGGGAUCAACCUCUUUUGAUUCUUUUGAUCCAUUCUUCUCCCCUCCCCAUAUGGGCCAUAACUCAUUUUCUCUCCCUUUGAACCAAACCUCUUCUAGUCUUUCCCUUGACUGCACAUCUUUUUCCCUUUUCUUCUUUCGGUACCUAUCUAGACCCUAAUGUCUUGAGAUUGCCAUCUGGGCCUGAUAGCAAGAAUGGCGUUCGUAGAAGAUAUACGAGCCAAACCUCUCCCCUCAACUCCUGACUCUGAGACUCAUUACGCUUCAAAUAAUAAUAAUUCAUCGACUCCAUCCGAUCUCACGGACUCAGCUACCCCGGUCACCCAUUCAAAUCCACAUGAAGACCAACAUCGGCCAAAUUCUCAACCAAAGAAUCCUUCAUAUUCGCAGUACUCACAAACACAGUCAGCCACAGCCCGAUCUCGCGCAUAUUCAACAGCUUCCACGUCGUCAAUAAAUUCCGUUCGUCGCAAACCUUUACCUGUAGGUGCCUCGCCUUUGGCAACCAGGUUUUCCACCAGGUAUUCCACGGCCGAAUACUUCAGUCCAUCUAUCGAAGAAUUACCAGAACCGGAUCUGCCACAUUCAAGGUAUACGAAUGUCGCUGAUAGUCCAACACUUUACGAAUUUCCAUCUAAUUUAAAAAGCGCUGUGGCAUUUUCCCCGGAAAGUUCUAGCAAAGAGAGCUCCAGCAACAGAAAUUCCGUCCGAAGUUCAGUAAGAAGUUCAAGAAGCUCUAAAAGUUCUAGAAGUGCUAAAAGUGCUUCGAAACAACAAAGACCGUCAUCAAAGUAUGUUUACUAGUGGUUCAAUACCUAUGCUUACAUCCGAUUUCCUUAUUCACUGUUUCGUAUUGAUGCUAACAUACUUUUGUUUAGAAGAUAUUCCAGCGAGCAGAUCGCUUGGACUACAGUGACGCCAGCGCUACCAGAACAACCAUCAGAAGCCGAAGAACAAAUUCUGAGCCCAAAAAGUCCGACCCUUUUAGUUCCGUCUCAUACGCAUUCACCAGGAGCCUCGAGGCAUGCAAGAUUGGUUAGCGAUUCGGCUUUAAGUUCUGAUUCUGAAUCUACCGGUCAUUGGUACGGGGAUUCAAGUCCGGAAAGUCGCCCGGGUUCUUCUGCUACUAUGUCCAUUUUCUCUUCCAAAGCUACACCACCACAUAAUAUUAUACCUAAUGCUCCGGCAAGAACCUAUUCUCACGAAUCUCACGACUCUACUUCGACCAUACAAAAACCUAAAUCACCAGGGAAGCUUGGUUCUCUAUUUAGCUGGGGAGGCGCGGUAUCCCCAUCGAGCUCAACAACGACCUUUUCAGAAGACAAGACAGAUUAUUCUCCAAACUCUCCCAUCCCGUCGUCAAAUGCAUCCCCGCAUAAACUUUCGGAAUUCGAAGACUCCGAUAUCAGGACAUAUAAUACUAAAGCGCCACCGUCCGCGAUUGAUAUCCCCAAAGCCAAUGCAGAUGCGGCCGAAUAUUUCGAAAACACAUAUCUGCAAAUACCGAUAGCGACACCUAGCCCCACAAACUCACUGGUUGAAGAAAUGGAGCAAGAAUUAAAGGAUAUCAGCCAAGAGCUGGCGUCUUCUAUACGAAGAGAGAUGGACCUAGAAGAUCUUGUGGACAGGUUACAGCUUGAAGCUCAAAAUUCGGGAACAAAUUCCAGCAAGCGAACAAGCGAUUAUUUCUCAGAUUCUGGAACAGGUGUAAUUCCCAGAUAUGGGGAUCCUGAUCCCAAGCAGGAUGAAAUGGAUAAAAUUCAAAGGAAGACGGAACAAGAGAAGGCUUCAAUUAGAUUAGAACUUACAAAUAAAGUACAGGAUGAACGAGCUAUCAGGAAACAGCUUGAAACGCAAAUUCAGUCUUUGGAAGAGAGGGCAGCUCAGGUAAUUCUAUUGAUACAAUUUUUUCCCCCUCGUAACUGACAUGAUUCCUUAGGUUGACCUUGCAGCUCUGAAUUCCCUUGAUACCAAUGGACGUCUGAAAGAAUUGGAGAAAACUUGCGAGGAUCUUCGCCACAAAUUAUCCGAAGAGAAACAAGUUAGGGCAAACUUUGAAGAUCUCUUGACUGCACUUAAAGCAGACCUCGAAACUUCUCAUAACGAACGUGAUAACUUACGAGAUGAGAUUGUUCCUCAGUUGAAGGCUCGCGUCGAAGGGCUUGAAGCGCAAGCUGCAGAGCAUGAAAAGUUGACCUAUGAGCAAACCAAGAUGGCCCAAGAGCUCCAAAGCCUAAAAAAGGAGAAUGUCACAUUGAUCAACGCCCAAAGACUCCAAUUGGAGAUGAGUCAGUUCAAUUCCGUAUCGGACGAGGAUAGUAUAGGUAGCAUAAGCAAUCUACCUAAGUCUAGGUCAUCCAUAAUGAGUAUUGCCGGUAUAGGUGGGCUCAGUGGAAUGGGUGGAUCAGGUGGUUUAGGUGGAUCAGGUGGUUUGAAACGGGCCAACUCUCUUGCACAUACCGGAAAAACGGCUAGAUCACCUGUCGGAUCGUUAUCGAGGACGACCUCUGUCAGAGCCAUAGAGUUCAAAGACAAUUUGGCGCAAACGGUGAAGGAUAUUGAGCUCCAAAGAGAUUCGCUACAUCGUGCUCUUAAAAGCUUACUCGAACGUCACGAGCACCAAAAUCGUGAAAAUGAAAAGAAAAUCCGCCAGCUGGAAAUGGAAAGAGAUCGUGCCUUGAACCAAUCACCUAGGCGGCGAGGAUACGAUAAGGAAGUUUCCAGUUUGAGAGAAGAAAUCAAUAUCCUUCGCCGUCGUGCGGAUGAAGCAAUUGAGCAAAAGUGGCAAUGUGAGAAAGGACUAGGUGGCUUAAAGAUGGAUCUCGAUCGUGCGGAACAGGAAAUUGGUUCACUAAGAAGCUUGUUACAGGAGAAGGACAUUUUAAUCAAGCGAUCGAGUAUAGAUUCUAGACCUGGGAGCGCACACGCAACAUCUGAGACACUUGAGCGAUCGUAUCGGGACCUUCAAUCAGCUUAUGCAGCUUCUCUUGAGCGAAUCAAGACUCUUGAAAUCUCGGCUUCUGGUGAUGAAGCUACUGCACGAGCUAUGGAGCAGUUGGAGAGGAGCUUGUCUGACGCAAUUUACGAAAGAGAUGUCGUCAAACAAGAGCUUGAGGCGGUCAAGGAGCAAUCUGAAUCUUUGAGAGACUCUGAAAAGGUACAUCUUCAGGAGGAGAUGCAAUUGGCGGAUGAAUUGCGUGAAUCAGCCAGACGAGUUGAGGAAUUGGCUGGGCAAGUUAGGCUUCAACUUGCUUCAAAUAGCACUCUCAGACAACGUCUAGCUGAAGCUAUUGAGCGUGGAGAAAAGGAGCAGAAAGCUAAUACUCAAAAGAUUACUUUCCUCCAAACUAAGCUCAAGGCUCUCGAGGAUCAACUUAUGGCUGCUCAGAACAUAUCCGAGGUGAGAAUCGCUCGUCAUGAAGAUGAGAUUCGUGAUCUCAAGGAUAGUCACAAUUUCCAACUUCAUCGAGUGAAGUCGGAUCUCCGCUCUCCUCGUUCAUUCGGACGAAAGACUCCUAUGUCUCCAUUAUUCGCAAAUGCUAAAAAGGUGCCACGUCUCUCCGUUACAACCUCUGGCAAAGGAAUGUCUGUAUCUGAGGAUUUAAAAGUUGAACAUUUGAAACAACAAGUUGUCAAUCUUGAAUCUGCUCUUGCCGAAGCCGAUAGGGAAAUGGAAGAAGUUGUCGGUCGUAUGAAUAUCGCACAAAUCGAAGUAAUGGAACUACAGAACGAACGGGAAGAGGCAGUACGUGAAACGAAGAAAUUACAGAAAAUGAUUGAACAAGAAAGAUUGAGAGCUUUUGAGGGAAGAUUUGCUACUCUGAACCCAUCAUCAUAAUGAAUGGGGCAUCUCGAGGUAGAUGAUGGUUUCAAGAUUGUUUCGUCAAGCGAUUUUAGCGUUUGUCACUCUGGUGGUGAUUGUCUACCAGCAUCUCUAAUUUAUUAAUCAUCCUACGGCCCUGGAAUUUUUGGGAUGGGACUGAAUGGAUGGGUGAACAUGGAGUUAUUUAUUAUUGAUUGGCAUUGAUUUCUUAUCAUCGACAAAAAUGCAUCAAACGGAAUGAGCCAAUUGGUGGCUUAUGCAUCAUAUUAUAUAUACUAGGGUUUAAAAAUUAUCUUGGUCCUGGGAUGAAUUGAUAUUAUCUGAUAUUAUUUCUCAAGGUGGUAGUGGAAUGACUGAUGAGUUGCGGUCAAGAAAGAAGCGUGAUGGUUGUAAUUAUUUUGGGGAUAGCGUUCGCUGAGAGUCAGGAACAAAUACAUAUGGAGAUGGGAGAAAGAGAAAACGCUCGCUUGUAUGAUUACUUAUUGUAUAUUUGUAUAUUGUAUAUUGAUACACUGGAUUUUAGAUACCAGAUGCUGCUAGAUGAAUGAGUGAGGAGGAGAGGAGAGGAAAUUAAUUGCAAAUAAGAUCUUACUAGGUAAUUUGAU